AUGCAGCAUUUCUCGUCAUCAUUCAACACGUCAACAUUCUCCCUAAUCGAACUCUUUGAGCGCAGCGUCGAGUUAGGCAAAUCUUUGCCCCCACUCUCGGACAACGGUGCCAAGCUCGAGUUGUAUGCGCUCUUUAAGCAGGCUAAUGUAGGCAAGAAUACUUCUUCGAGGCCAAGUAUGCUGGAUUUCGUAGGCCGAGCAAAGUGGGAUGCAUGGGCAAAGCUUGGCGAUAUGACACAAGAUGAGGCCAAGGUAAAAUACAUAGCCAUUAUUGACGAGAUGGCGGUGACGAAGUGUGGUAAGUACCAGGGUGAAGAGGGAUCUGUUGCAGCUACGACUUCUGAUCGUUCGUCAAAGAUUCUUGUUGAGAUCUCCGACGCGGGGCUGUUAACAAUUCAGUUAAAUCGCCCUAAUAGACUCAACGCUAUUGAUAUCGGCAUGUAUGAAAGCAUAAUUGAAGCGCUGGAGAGCUCUAAAACUCAGGACAAGGUAAAAGCUGUCCUCUUGAAGAGCUCUGGCGAGUACUUUUCCAGCGGUAACGAUCUCAGCAUGUUUUCUUUCAAUUCGGAUGGUCUUUCUCAACAGUCAAUGGCAGAAAGAGGCGCAAUCUUACUAAAGGAGGUUAUUGAUACUUUUAUCACAUAUCCUAAGCCGAUCGUUGCUGCUGUUCAAGGACCUGCAGUUGGUAUCGCAACGACCAUUUUGGGUCUCUGUGACCUUGUUUACAUCAAGGAGACGGCGACGUUUCAGACGCCUUUUACUUCGCUGGGUCAAUCGCCAGAAGCGUGCUCGUCUCUACUUUUUCCACGGAUAAUGGGACCCGCACGUGCAAAUGCUAUGUUAUUACUCGGCGAUAAAUUUACUGCGAAAGACAUUUUGGAUUUUGGGCUGGCAUCUGCAGUAUUUGGGGCUGCAGAUUUUGAAAUUCGAGUUCAAGAAAAGGUGGAUUUGUUGCUGUCACAUCACUCGAAGGUCAUGCAGCGCUCUAAGGCGCUUAUUCGCUCAUCUGCUGCCAUAAAAGAGUUACAAGAAAUUAAUCAUCUUGAGUGCCAGACACUUAAGGAACUGUGGGUCGCAAUCGAAUGCAUGGAUGCAAUUUUGAGGUUUCAAUCUCGCAAAGAUUAA